AUGCCUCUGCUAGUACCCGGUAUGCGCUUAGCGCCACCCGGGCUGUCGAGGGUGCAGUUCAUCUGCCGCCAAUGUCUCCGUCAACAGUCCCCAAAAGCCCCAUCGCGUAUCCUCCAGUCUUUGCGACCAUUCCGCCGCCAUGCUUCCACCACCUCAACGACGCCCAUGCCAAUGAAGAGGCCACCGCUCUCGGCCACUUUCUUUAGCACAAGCGCCGCUGUCCAAUCUAAUGCCGCCAUGGGCACCCCAACACACGCUGCCGCCCAGCAGCUAUCGAGGCGCGCAUUCCCGGAGGCAACGAGCUCCAAGUCGGUCGCCUACUGGCUCCUCGGUAGCGCUGCCAGCGUCUUUGGUAUUGUGGUCUUUGGCGGCCUGACCCGUCUGACCGAAUCGGGUCUCAGUAUAACAGAAUGGAAGCCCGUCACUGGCUCUCUCCCCCCCCUGACUCAACAAGACUGGGAGUCGGAAUUCGAAAAAUACCGAGCAUCGCCCGAAUUCAAGAUGCUAAACUCUCAUAUGGAUCUGGCCGAGUUCAAGAAGAUCUAUUUCAUGGAGUGGACCCACCGUCUCUGGGGAAGGCUUAUAGGUCUCUCAUUCGUCCUUCCUACGGCCUACUUCAUCGCGCGGCGUCGUGUUUCCGUUCCGAUGGCUUGGAAUCUUGUCGGAAUCUCUGGUCUCAUCGGUUUCCAGGGUUUCAUUGGUUGGUGGAUGGUAAAAUCAGGUCUUAAGGAUGACUUGUUCGCGCCCGGCUCACACCCAAGAGUGAGCCAGUAUCGACUUACUGCCCAUCUCGCCACAGCUUUUGUGUGUUAUUCGUGGAUGUUGCUUGCUGGACUCAGCAUACUCAGGACACGCCGGCUCCUCGCUAAUCCCGCUAAUUCUAUGAAGCUGGUUGAAGCCUUAAAGCACCCCGCUAUGGUUCCCUUUCGAAGAUCGGUGGCUGCCCUUACAGCUCUCGUUUUCACAACCGUGCUUUCUGGCGCUCUGGUUGCUGGCCUCGAUGCUGGUUUGAUUUACAAUGAAUUUCCCAAGAUGGGACUUGGAUUGGCACCGCCAGCCUCGGAAUUAUGGGACAAGUUCUACUCACGCAAAGAAGACGGUUCUGACUUGUGGUGGCGAAACGUGUUAGAAAACCCGAGUUUGGUGCAGCUUGACCAUCGUAUCCUCGCUACAACCACAUUUUGCUCGAUCCUCGCUCUAUUUGCCUACGCCAGGAGAGGGCGGGUUGCCACCGUUUUGCCGAAAGAUGCUCGUAAAGGGGUCACCGGUGUGGUCCAUCUAGUCUGUAUCCAGGUUGCGCUAGGAAUCAGUACCCUCAUCUACAUGGUACCUAUCCCGCUGGCUGCAGCACACCAGGCCGGCGCCCUUGCUUUAUUGACAGGAACUCUUGUGCUUGGUCAACGGCUGAGGGUUCCUAAGUCCACACUUAGACUGAUCCAGAAGAAGCUGGCAACCAUGCCUAGGUAG